AUGGGGGUCACCUAUCGCCAUGGCAUCUCUAUCCUCCAAUUGAUUAUCUACCUCCCGUCCUUUUUCAUGGCAUCAUUCCUUGUGUUUCGCCAUGGGUUUCGUCAAAAUAGCGGAUUCUUUUUCCUCGUUCUCUUCACCCUGACUCGCAUUGUGGGUGCAUGUUGUGACCUGGCGACGAUCCACAAUUCAUCGACGGGGAUUUUCAUCGCCGCGGCCAUCUGCGGUUCGAUCGGCCUGUCCCCGUUGAUGCUCACAUGCUCCGGACUGCUUUCUCGAGCUAACCUAUCCAUCCAAAACACCACCGACCAACCAGCCCUGCACACCCUCUUCUUCCACUUCUUCCGCCUGAUGACAAUCCUCUGCAUGGUCCUGAGCAUCGUCGGUAUCACCUCAGACAUGAGCCCCGAGGGCCUAAGCCACCCCGACAUCAAGGUCAAAGUGGGCGCGAUUCUCUACGUCGUGACCUGGGCGCUGAUGUGCCUUUACCUGGCCAUGCUUAUCUGGCGACGCUAUGCGCUCGAGAAAGGCGAGCGCCGCACCUUGGUGGCGGUGGCCAUCUCGGCACCGUUUAUUCUGGUGCGCGUUAUCUACUCGCUCCUCAUCUGGUUCGCGCACGACUCGGCCUUCAGUCUGUUCAAUGGCAGUGUCACGGUGCAGCUGGUUAUGUCUGUUCUCGAGGAGUUUGCGGUCGUUAUUGUUUGUCUGGGCGUUGGUAUGACUUUGCGGAUGCGGAGUAUGACUCCUGCGCAGGAUGCCAAGGCUUCUUCUGCCUAUCCUCCGGCUUCGUAUGCCAAUGCUUAA